GGCCCUAAGCGCCCCUCGUUCCUCUGAAGCUACUUUGCAUAUCGAGGUAUUGGGAGUGAUGGCUCGUCGACGUUGAAUCUUUAGAGGAACAUGAAUUGACAGUUUGAUGCAGUUCAAGGAUCAAAGGUAUGGUUUCUCUAGUUUCCUUCCCUUGACCAUCAGUCAUACUGUAUUUUGUUCUUCCAAAUUGCGCAUAAUUUUCACUAAUUCAUUUCAAAUCAACUGUAUUGGGAUACGGAAAUUAUGUGAAACGAAUUGAUGUAUGAUCUGCAAUUAUAAGGGUUAAGUUUACCCACAGCUGGAGCGGUAAGAUUUGAAAAUAGACAAACGAUGUCCUCACUUUUCUGACCUUUCAUGAUUAUAAACACUUUCCAUGUUUGCCAAGUGAAAAGAAGUUUCCACAUGACUGCUACUACUUGAUAUGAAGAAAUUAGUACAUGGGAAUUAUGGUAUAGGUCAGUAAGUACAUUAUUUGGUACACAUUCUUGUGAGGUACCUUUUUUAUGUCCAACUGAGGAAGCCCUCACUAAUUUUCAUGUCUCAGAUUUUGCUCUGAAGACUCUGAAGGUAUCAUACUUGUUGUAUACUGCUUGUGAGUCAUCCAAACCUUAAAUCGUUUUUUCAUGAAAAGUUGGCUCAAAAAAAUUAUAAAAUGAAAACACUACAAGAAACCUGCUUAUCUGUGACGGAUUUCUGAUGACAGUCUGGGAUUCUAUCACAGACUAUGACGGCCCUUCGCACACAGUCAUGGAAAACGUCACCGGUUAGCAAGCCGCGGAUGGGCCUACGAAGGGCUACAACUCGAUGACGGCCGUGCAGGAACUGUCACACAAAUCGUUAAGGAUUGAACAACGGGGCCGAAUCGGGCUUAGUAUUUAUUUUAUAUAGAAUAGACAUACCGUCAUGGAUUACCGCUGAUGUGGCGUGCCUCGCCUUGUUUGACCCACAUGUCAGUUGCAUUAGUCAAACACGACUUAAGAAAAAAAGAUCUUAUAGUAUUCUUCAAGCCGCCGAAACAAAAAAAACACCCGCUCAAUCGAUCCCCUCGCUGGUCGCCGCCGCCGUCGAUUUCCCGGGCGAGGGUGCUUAGAUCCGGCGAGUUGGUAAUUGUGGCGCCAUCUUCUAGAUCCCGUCGGAGUCGUCGCUGCCUGGGGUUUCCGUGCCCAACUGUCGACGAGCCGGCCGCCGGCCCCCAUUGCCGCGGCGACGAGCCGACGGCCGCCCACCAUUGUUGUGCGUACGAGCCAGCCACCGCCCGCAAUUUCUUCAGCAGUCACUCCCCGUUGUUCCCCGACUCAACGCCGGCCGGCAGCUAGUUGAAUUGGUUGAGCUGAAUGUCUUUUUGGGUACUACAGAUUCAAGUGGUGCCAUUAAAAAACAAUUUCCAGUGGUUCGGUGUGUUCCUGGUAUUGGACCUCUGAACCUAUGGAUAGACGUUGGAUUUGUGGCACACUGUUCUCUCGGGAGUACAUCGAUGGUGUCAAAGAGUGUAUGAACUUCAUUCAAGCAAAAUUCAGCGAGGAUGAAGAAAUACUCUGCCCAUGUAGACAAUGCCUUAAUCACAAAUACUGGCAUCAGGCCAUUGUGAACAAGCACAUAUUGACGAAUGGCAUGGAAAGUACAUAUACCCGCUGGAUAUAUCAUGGAGAAGACUUCAAUGCAGAUGUUAUGAACAUCCUGUUGAUGUGCAUGACUCCGAGGAUGGUAACAAUUGUGCUGAUGACCGAUUUGAAGAGAUGUUUGGAGACCUAUGCACAGCACUAGAACAAGAUCAGAAUGAAAAUGAAAAUGAAGAUGGUAACAAUGAUGCAAACCCUUCUGAGAAUGAGUCCUUUCUGGAGAAUGUGAGGAAAGAGGCACCUUUAUCAUGGUUGUACCAAGUUUUGAAAGUUCUCAUUUGUGGUAAAGCUUCUUCAUUUGAAGUCAUGCCAUAGGAUCACAAAUAGUGCAUUUACUGAUAUUUUGAAGCUGUUGGCUGAAGCAUUCCCUUAACCCAAUACACUCCCAAAAUCGUAUGCCGAAGCAAAGAAUCUUCUAAAGGAAUUAGGCCUUGGGUAUGAGUCUAUACAUGUGUGCAUCAAUAAUUCUGUUUUGUUUAGAAAGCAAUAUGCCAAGCAUGACAAUUGCCCAGUUUGUGGCAUGUCAAGGUGGAAAGACCCUGCUAGAAAGAAGAUACCACAGAAAGUUUUGAGACAUUUUCCAUUGGUGCCUAGGCUGAAGAGGAUGUUUCUUUCCAAAAAAUCAUCAGAAGAAGCACAGUGGCACAAGCUAAAUAGGGAGCCCGGUGAGAAGGAAAUGAGUCAUCCAGCUGACGGUGAUGCGUGGCAACACUUUGAUAAAAAUAUAAGAAAUUUGCUAAGGAUGCCAGAAACAUCAGGCUUGGCAUCGCCACCGAUGGGUUCAAACCUUUCGGAAACUUUAACACAAACUAUAGUAUGUGACCUGUAUUUGUUGUGCCAUACAACCUUCCACCUUGGGCAUGCAUGGAUCAGUCAAAUUUCAUGGUGGCUCUAUUAAUUCCAGGUCCUAAAUCACCAGGCAAGCACUUUGAUGUCUUUCUACAGCCACUUGUAGAAGAUUUAAUUGAGCUUUGGAACGGUGUGUGUACAUAUGAUGCUGGUGAAGGAAAAAUGUUUGAUCUUCAUGCUGCAGUUCUAUGGUGCAUUCAUGAUUACCCACCUCUAAGCGCACUUUCAGGGUGUACCACAAGAGGCUAUGCUGCAUGUAUUCAUUGUGACAAACACCCUCUUUCGUACAACCUAAGGAACAAAAUUGGUUAUAUUGGGCAUUAUCGUUUCCUUCCAAAGGGACAUCGUUUGCGAAGAAACAAUGAAUUUGUUGGUCUUCAUGAACGCAAUGAUGAGCCGGGUAAAUUCUCCAAGGAAGAGCUGCAAGCAGAACUGGAGAAUUUGAAGCUGAGACAUAAUCUUGAUUUCAUGCACAUCGAGAAAAAUAUAUGUGAAAAUCUCAUUGGGACAAUUCUGAACAUGGAGGGGAAGACGAAGGACACACUUAACGCAAGGCUUGAUCUCCAAGAUCUGAAUAUUAAAGAGGAGUUGCAUUUGAGGAAGGAUGGAAACUCAUAUAUGAUGCCUCCGGCCCGGUAUACCUUGUCUAAAGAACGAGUGAUUGCAUUUUGUCAAUUUUUACGAGAGUUAAAGUUUCUAGAUGGGUUUGCUUCCAAUGUAUCAAGAUGUACAAGUGUUGAUGGAACCAAGAUCCAAGGCCUAAAAACACAUGAUUGUCACAUUCUUUUGCAAAGAAUCUUACCUGCUGGCAUGAGAGGAUUUCUGGACAAUGAUGUAUAUGAAGCAAUAGCUGAGUUAGGCAAGUUUUUCAGGGAACUUUGCAGCAAAACUCUUAACAGGCAGUGGCGGAGCUUGAGCUGAAAUCAUGGGGGGGGGGGGCAAACAUAAUUUCUUUUGAAUGAUUUUUGGUGGAUAAAUAGGCCUAAUACUAAGGUAUAUACAAAAAAAUUCAUAUGAGCUGGGGGGCCAUGGCCCAGGUUGGCCCCCACCAAGCUCCGCCACUGUUAACAGGGAUGUGUUGGCUGAAAUGAAGAAAGAAAUCCCUGUAAUUUUGUGUAAGCUAGAGAAAAAUUCCCCCCUGCUUUCUUUGAUGUGAUGGUGCACCUUGCCGUACAUUUACCCGAAGAGGCAUUGCUCCGAGGUCCCGUACAAUAUUGGUGGAUGUACCCAGUUGAAAGGAGGUUGUAUACUUUGAAGCGAUACGUGAGGAAUAGGGCAAGACCAGAAGGUUCAAUUUGCCGAUGAAUGCCUCACAUUUUGUUCCAAGUACAUGGAUGAUUUCGAAACCAUAUCUAAUCAUACACCGAGAAAUGUAGGUUA